AUGAAUUAUGAAUUUUCAGUUAAUGGUUAAAAGGUGAGUGUUCUUAAAAGUGCUAAAUCCCUUUUAGAUUGUCAUCUACUUAGACAAUAAUACAAAAGAUCUUAAAUGUAUACUCCAAUUAAAAAAGUUCAAAAUUUUCAAUUUGCUAUAAAUUCUUUAAGUUAAACCCAAACUACUUGUUAACUUUCAACAAAUAGAUCAAAACGCACUCUCUAGAGUUCUUAAAAAACUAGAAGAGAAAAAAAACUUGCACCAUGUGAAUUAAGUUAAAAUUUAGAAAUCUUCGAUAAAUUACCUAAUAGCCAUUAAUCAUCAAUUUAAAGAUUAAAUUCACCUAUUUAACAUGUGCCAAAUCUUCAAUUCAAUCUUAAUUAUCAUUUAAGAUAGCUAAGAUUUAAACAAUAAUUAUAAAAAGAACAAUUCUGGUAAGAUUUCUCUAUCAAUCCAACCCCAAGAGGAUUUACAAAUAGAGUAUAUAAAAUUAAAAAAAAUGAUCCAAAAUUAUAGUUUUACAUGGACUGUUCUAAACGUACAAAUGAAUGA